CGUAUUUUCCGACCAAUCGGGUUGUCGGAGGUACCACCCCGGUGGUAAACUGACGCUCAUCUCUUGGUGCUAAUAUUCGAUAACUGUCGGGGUUAAAUACGGAUAUAUAGACGUGUUCCCUGUUUUCUACGAAGUAUGAAGGACAUAUACGUUUAAUAAGGAGGGAUAUUUUUCGUUGAACAUCGUAAGUGUGUCCAGUCUAGUGGAAGGAUGGAGAAUCUGAUCCCCACCAUCAACCGGCUGCAGGAGGUCUUUCUCACAGUGGGGGCAGAGAUCAUCCAGCUGCCGCAGAUAGUCGUGGUUGGAUCUCAGAGCAGUGGAAAGAGCUCUGUGCUGGAGAGCCUGGUUGGGCGGGAUUUCUUGCCUCGGGGAUCAGGAAUAGUCACAAGACGACCCCUGGUGUUGCAGCUUGUUAAUGUUGCCCCUUUGCAGGAGAGACUGAAGAUCGAGAAUGGUGUCAAAGCUGAAGAAUGGGGUACAUUCCUGCACUGCAAAAACCAGAUCUUCACAGAUUUUGCAGAAAUUCGCCGAGAAAUUGAAGCAGAGACUGAACGCAGUUCAGGUGACAACAAGGGAAUCAGUCCUGAGCCCAUCUAUUUAAAGAUUUUCUCCCCCAAAGUCCUUAAUCUCACACUGGUUGAUUUGCCUGGCAUUACUAAGGUUCCUGUUGGAGACCAGCCAGAGGACAUCGAGUCUCAAGUGCAAGAGAUGAUCUUGUCCUUCAUCUCCAAUCCAAACUCCCUCAUCCUAGCGGUGUCCCCUGCCAACUCUGACUUGGCCACUUCUGAUGCACUGAAAUUGGCUCGUGAGGUUGAUCCAGAUGGUCGAAGAACACUGCUGGUGAUCAGUAAGCUGGAUCUGAUGGAUGCAGGGACCGAUGCUCUGGAGGUCCUCCUGGGUCGAGUCAUUCCAGUCAGGCUCGGGAUUAUUGGGGUGGUUAACAGGAGCCAGCAUGACAUCAAUACCCAGAAGAGCCUUGAGGACUCUAUGAGGGAUGAGCAGGCCUUCCUGCAGCGCCACUACCCCUCGCUCGCCUCCCGUGCCGGCUCACACUAUCUGGCCAAAACUCUCAGCAGACUGCUCAUGCACCACAUCCGGGACUGCCUGCCAGACCUCAAAACCCGUGUGACUGUGCUAAGCGCCCAGUACCAGGCACGGCUCAACAGCUAUGGCCAGCCAGUAGAGGACCAAAGCGCCACCUUGCUGCAGAUCGUCACCAAGUUUGCCAGUGAUUACUGCAACACCAUAGAAGGAACGGCCAGGCACAUUCAAACCACAGAGCUCUGUGGGGGUGCUAGGAUGUGUUACAUAUUCCAUGAGACCUUUGGCCGCACUUUGCAGUCCAUCGACCCCCUCGGGGGACUCACUGAGCUCGAUAUCCUCACUGCCAUCCGCAAUGCAACGGGUCCUCGGCCAGCACUUUUUGUGCCCGAGGUGUCCUUUGAGUUGCUGGUGAAGCGGCAAAUUAAACGGCUGGAGGAGCCCAGUCUACGCUGUGUAGAGCUCGUCCAUGAAGAACUACAGAGGAUCAUUCAGCACUGCUCCUCCUUCAGCACGCAGGAGCUUCUGCGAUUCCCCAAACUGCACGAUUCCAUUGUGGAAGUUGUGACUGGAUUACUGCGGAAACGCUUGCCGAUUACCAAUGAAAUGGUGCACAAUUUAGUAGCAAUAGAGCUGGCCUACAUCAACACAAAACAUCCAGACUUCACAGAUGCAGCGCAGGUCUCAGCAUCUGUCAACAAUCAGCAGACAGAGGCCCUUGAUGGAGGGAAGCGCUGGAAGAAUGAGAAGGUUGCGGAAGAGAAAGCCCCGGCUGCAGGCUUUGGCAGCCCCGGCAGAAGUCAGGCCAUUAACCUUCUUGACACAGCGGUGCCCGUAUCCCGCAAGCUGAGUGUGAAGGAGCAGAGGGACUGCGAGGUCAUCCAGCGCCUCAUCAAGUGCUACUUCCUCAUUGUCCGCAAAAGCAUCCAGGACAGUGUGCCCAAGACAGUGAUGCACUUCCUGGUGAACUUUGUGAAAGAGCAUCUGCAGAGUGAGCUGGUGGGUCAGCUUUACAAACAGCCACUGCUGCAGGAGCUGCUCAUUGAGUCACAGGACACGGCACAGCAGCGGACCGAGGUUGCUCAAAUGCUUGAGGCGCUUAAAAAAGCCAAUAACAUCAUCUCUGAGAUCCGGGAGACCCAUCUGUGGUAGCCAGCCGAAACGAACAACUCCCUUGUCAUACGACAGCUUUGAGAGUAUGAGAGUGUAUGUGAGUUUACAGCAGAGAGAGUGUGUGUGUUUGUAAUUGUGUGGCAGCGCCACUAUUUUCUCAUGGACCAAUGACCAUAGCACAUUUAGAUCUACUUCUCCAUCAGCUGUCGCCCCUGAGCUGUACACUGGGUCUGUUUUCACUGUGAACAUUGUGUAGUGACAGACAUUAAUUAAACACUCAGGCCAAAAGUGUUGUAAAUGUGAAAGAGACAGACGUGAACAUAGUCUUUUUUCUUUUUUGUCAUAGUUUGUUGGUAUAUAAUUCUAUAAAUGUAAAUUAUAUGUGGCAUAUUUAAGUUGUUCUGUGUUUUUUUUUUUUUUUUUUGUAUUCAAAAUGUGUUUAUACAAUUCAGCAGUUUCCAAAACCAGGCUUCCUCUGAGCCCCUUUAGCAGGUGCUAAAACUCUGUUAGAUUAGGUGUGUUCCAAAUUAAAUUAAAUUAGAUAGAAAUGCAGUGAAAAUCCAACUUAAUCAAUGUCAACUGCAACGCAACACUGAAGACAGACUGUGGUCACUUGAAGAAAUUACAGGAUGAGUGCACAUUGUUUUUCCAGCUCUGUAGCGCUAAUCAAUAUCAAGUUUAUUUUCUAUUGUCACAUCUACAUAUCAUCCAGUUUGUAGUGUUGACUGCUGCGCUAACUUUCCAGUUUUGUGUGUAAACUAGGGGACCAAGCUGUCACAGCAUAGAGUUCUCUCUGCUUUUGUUGGGUUUUUAGGAGACACAUACAGUCAGACAGAUAUAGUCUGCAGCUUAUAUGUAUUUUAAUAUUUGGUACACAGAAAUAUAAUUCAUAUUAUUAUGUAUAUGUAUAAAACUUGUCAGGAGAUAACAUUAUACAGAUACGAUUUGUCAUUUGUUAGAUUUUAGAUCCUGAUGGUUUACUCUAUAACUUCCCUGUAUUUCCUCAAACUAAAUUUCUAACCAGUUUCCACUUGAGAUGAGCUACGUCUCUAUCAUCGACCCUCUCCAGUAGACAAGUUGCCCCUAAGAUUGAGAGAAUAACAGUAUGGAGAUACCUCCAGCUUGUAGUUUUUUUGCAUUCCCUUAUAUGCUGAUGUCCCCAUAUGAUUUGUAAACUUGCAUCUCAAGUAAGCCAGAGCUAUUUGCUAGUCAUACAGUUAAUUCUGUAAUAUUGCAUGAUGUGUUAAAGUAUCAUCUUUUCACAUCUGAUCUUAACUUGGCUGUUGUUCUGGCAGAUUCCUCUCCAGAGUGCUGUAGCUAUUAAUGUGAAUCUGAUCUCAUAGCCAAAACAAAUGGUUAUCCUAGGCUUUUUCAGGAAGACCUGCCUUAAUGGGACCAUCAAACAGUAACCGACUUCUGUGUGAUCAGGGAGCCAACAUAACAUCCAUACAGUCUUGUCUCUCUGAAAUCCCUGUGUAAGUUUGCAUGUCUGUGUUCAGUAUGCAUGUGUGGACGUGUGAGUGAAUGAUUUAUGUAUAUUUUGUAUUAUUUAAAUGUAUAUUAUUAUCAUGUGUCAACUGCCUCCGAGUUCUUGCCUGCCAAUAUUUGUGAUAAAUGUUUACUGGAUGAAGUCUGUUGAGAUUGGAGGGAUUCAUUAAACCCUAACAAAGACACUGUA